CGUGGCGUGGCAUGGCAUGGCAUGGCAUCCAUUGCACAGCCCCUUGACACACGCAACCCCGGCUUGAUUAGAAAGCGGGUGAUAGUAAUAAUCCUCUCGUUUGUAAAAAUCCACAUAUAAUCAUGACGCCUAACGGCGGGCAUCUGGGGUCUUCUCCAAAAGUCCGCGCAGACACCACUGCAUCUUCCACUGACUUCGAUUCAUACAUAUAUCUCCUCCAACGAAUGUUUCAGAACUACAUUGCCCAAGUCUAGAGCAAAUAAAACGCCGGUCUCGUGGUCGGAGCCGGCCCGAGUUUGAACGAGUGGCUUUGAUAAGCAUAACACUACUUUCGACAAGCGCUCUAGGAGCACGGCUGCGCCACGACUGGCCCCCGUGGCCCGCCGCAACAAUUGAGACCGCAAAGAGAUAUUCACAUAUAUACAUUCGUUCACUGAACCGGAGACAAUCACAAUCACAAAGCCAAAGCCGACGAGACAGAAACACUCAGGGUCAGGACCGGACACAGACGCAGAGACAGAGUCAGGCACAGAGUCGGAGUCGGAGUCGAGGUCGACGUCCGAGUUCAAGUCCUCCAAGUCCAAAUCCAAGUCUCCUUGACCACGACGAGCGGAGCGACAGGGACAGCGAGAGUUGGAGUCAGAACCAGAACGAAGAUCUCCAGUCCAACAGCCACACUGGCACUGGUAUUGGCAUUGAAACUGGCAGUCAGAGUCACAGGCACAGUCACGGUCGUGAUACUCCAAACCACGAGCACAGCCACAGCGAGAGCAACGAGUGGACUGGUGGCAGAGCGCGUUGGGAGUCUCAACAUUGUCGCUCGCCCUCACUCUCCUGCUAUCGCUCAAAGUCGCGGUCGAGAUUAGGGUCAAGAUCACGGUCAAGGUCAGUAUCGGGGUCAGGGUCACGGGCAGCGAUGGCUGCUUUCGACGAUCAGGUCAUGACGACGCCCCAAGCACCAUUACCAUCACUGGGAGCCAAUGACAACAAUACCGACAACAGCUAUAAUGACAGUCCUCAGCUGGGAAAGGACACAGGUACAGACACUGGCACGAGCAGAGGCGCAAGCACGGGUAUAAAUCCCAAUGAUGUGGACACCAAUAUCAACACCAACAUCAACAACAGUACAAAUCACGAAAUCCACCCCGCCGGCGAGCCCAACGUUGAUUCUGGCGUCGACUCCACCUCCACCUCCGCCUCCAACUCAUCCAAAAUCAUCCUCGUCACCGGCAUCAACGGCUACAUCGCCAGCCACAUUGGUCUCCAACUCCUCGAAAGGGACUACACCGUUCGCGGGACGUCUCGAUCGCCAGCGGCCAAAGAACACCUUUUGACUGGCGCUUUUCGCAACCACAAACACCGAUACCAGCACGUUGUUGUCCCGGACAUCGCUGUCCCAGGAGCAUUCGACGAGGCUGUCCGAGGGGUCUAUGGAAUUAUACAUACCGCGUCACCGGUGGAUUUUACGUUGACCACAGUCGAUGAGUUUAUGGGUCCCGCGGUUGGUGGGACUUUGUCGAUUUUGGAGUCUGCUUGGAAAGAAGCUAUGAAAUCUACAACCACAGCUACCACUACAGACCCUUCACGACAACCACCACCACCACAGUCUUCACGACUCACUUCAUUCGUCGUCACAUCCUCCGUCGCCGCCAUCGUCGAUAAAUGGAAACAAGUCCCCAACCACGCCUACACCGAAUCCGACUGGAAUGCGACGGGCGAAAGUGUGGCGCGAGAAACAUUCUCUGCGCCCGUCGCCUACGGGGCAUCCAAAUCCGCUGCUGAACGGGCCGUCUGGGAUUGGGUGGCCGCGCAUCAACCUGGUUUGCCGUUCGCAGUGUCCGCAAUCAACCCUGCCGUCGUGACGGGUCCACCUGUCUCAUGGCCUGCCACACCGGAUAAACUCAACGAGACGCUCUUGCCCAUAUGGAAGAUCUGGAGUAGUCGUGAGUCUGACCCGAACACGAGAAUGCCUCCUCAGAUCGGCGGGGCGGGAUACAUCGAUGUGCGCGACGUGGCGCGCAUGCAUAACUGGGCAAUGGAACAUUCAGACCAAAGUAAUGGUCAGAGGUAUCUCAUGGUCAAUGGCAAGGCACCACCACAGGCUGCGGCCGAUUUAUUGCGUGCCAAAUUCCCCGAGCGAGAUAUCAUUGUUGGAAACCCCGGUCAGGGAUAUACCGAAGACUAUUGGUUUCCAGAGGACGAAAGUAAAUUGGUUUCGAGCAAGGCGUAUAAAGCUCUGGGGGCGGAUAGGUUCAUUCGUUAUGAUAAGUCUAUUUUGGAUACUGUCGAGGCUUUUGAGAGACAGUGGCCGGGGUUGGCGAAGAAUUUGAAACAAUCGAAAUAGUGAAAGGAGGAAGUUGAGGACAAAAUACUGUGCUCCUAGGUUAGUACGCUAUGUUAGUAGAGAUGUGUUCGCCUUGAAAAACAGGUAUAUGGAUGGUCGCUCUUGGUAAGAGGGGACAAAUCAUUGCAUACUAUGCCAGCAAUACCAGGUACUAGUAUGUAAGCAACAGCCGUAUGCUUUGACACCCCGAGGCUCCAGGCUGGUUAAGCCUUCACUUACCGAGACCCUCCUCAGGGCGGGCAGUCUAGCUCAUCAAAGGCCAGCUCUAGACUCACCUUGUGUAAAACCUGGAGCCGUGGUUGGCGCAGCAUUACUGUACUUCCCGUGCGAUGCUCGUCAAGAUCAAGUUUUGGCAAAGCCGGGUUCCAAAGUAAUAAGCUCC